AUGGGCGGUGUUUUUCUUGUGAAGAAGAAAGGGGGUGGUGACCUGGCUCCAGGGUCCAACACUUUUGAGUGUUUACCGCCGGCGCCCAUAAAACCCAGCAUUACAAAUCGACCUCGGCCUCAUCGAUCUCCUCCUCCUCCUCCAGUACCACGCAAGGAAGCCGUCGCCCGCCAAUGGCGAUCGCCGCUCUUUUGGAGCGAUUUCGUCCAUCCUCGUCCCGUUCCUCACGUUCUCGACCGUUGUCUUUGUUUCCUCCUCCUGCAGGCGCUCCCCAACCAGCAGACGGUGGACUGCCCCAGCUUCAAGAUCGUCCUCGUCGGCGACGGCGGCACCGGCAAGACCACCUUCGUGAAGAGGCAUCUGACUGGCGAGUUUGAGAAGAAGUAUGAACCUACCAUUGGUGUCGAGGUUCAUCCCUUGGACUUCCACACCAACCGCGGGAAGAUCCUCUUCUACUGCUGGGACACAGCAGGGCAGGAGAAGUUUGGUGGGCUUAGGGAUGGAUACUACAUUCACGGACAGUGUGGUAUCAUUAUGUUUGAUGUAACUUCACGGCUGAGUUACAAGAACGUUCCAAUUUGGCACUGUGAUUUAUGCAGGGUCUGUGAAAACAUCCCAAUUGUGCUUUGUGGGAACAAGGUCGAUGCGAAGAAUAGACAGGUCAAGGCAAAGCAGGUGACUUUCCACAGGAAGAAGAGCCUGCAGUACUACGAGGUCUCAGCUAAGAGCAACUACAACUUCGAGAAGCCUUUCUUGUACCUUGCCAAGAAGCUUGUUGGUGAUGACAAUCUCCACUUUGUUGAAAGCCCUGCUCUCGUUCCUCCAGAUGUCACAAUUGACUUGGUCGCCCAGCAGCGGCAUGAAGCCGAGCUUGAUUAUGUUAUUACCCAACCACUGCCAGAUGAUGACGACGACCUGAUCGAGUAG